AUGACCAAUCUUUCGACCGUCUCUUAUCCUCGCACUGGCAAGAGAGGUGUACCUCAGCAGUUUCCAAGACGACUUUAUGAGAUGCUCGAGGGCGAAGCCAAAAUUGCUGCCUCAGGAAACCAAGGCAAAGUUGUGAUUUCCUGGUCAGAAUCAGGAAAGGCAUUCAGGAUUUUCGAUGUAGACUCUUUCAUGGCUUCUGUUCUUCCAAAGUAUUUCCGUACCAAGAAGUUCAGUUCCUUCCAGAGAAAUCUAAAUUUGUAUGGCUUUGCCAAAGUACGAAGAGGUCCCGACACAGACAUGUACGCACACCCAUGCUUCGCCAGAGGCUAUCCAGAGUCCUUGGCACAGCUGCGAAAAUCGGCAACUUCGUCACGCAGACGUCUUUCUCAACAACCUUCCACCGAUGAGAGCGAUGGAAGUAGUUGUGAUGGCUCGCUUGUGAGGUCGAUAACACCGUCUCCAACAAGAAAUGUCAUACAACCCGUUCCUCAAAGUAGGAUCCAAGAAGUCACAUCCCAAACCCGCUACCUAAACUCUGCGUGGCUCACACUUUGUGCACCAUCAUUGCCAACCCAGAGUGCCCACACUCCUAUUUCGUUUCUACCACCUCGCAAGACAGACGGCUCUGGAAGGCUUGAUCUCUUGGCUCUUGCUAUUGAGAGAGAACAGCGCCAUGUAAAUGCUUUGUAA